AUGGUUCCUUACUGCGAUUUCUUNGUGUAUCUGCCGUUUGGAGAAGGGCCCCGUGCUUGUAUAGGCGAGCGGCUCGGGCACAUGCAGUCGCUGGCGGGGCUGGCGGCGAUCCUGUCGAGGUUCACGGUGGAGCCGGCGCCGGAGACGGUCCGCAAGCCGCCGGUGUCCGCUAAGUCCGGCAUCGUCCAGAGCAUCCAAGGAGGCAUCCCGCUGCUGUUCAAAGAACGGAAAAUUAAUAAAUUAUAGUUUUAAUCUCAUUCAUGUUAUAGCUAAGUUUGUGGUCUCCUUUAAACGCUGUAGACCGCGUUACAAUACUUCUAUGGAAAUAUCACAAAUUGUGACGCGGCCUACGGCAUUUAUAGGAGAAAAUGAAAAUUAUUUAUUUAUUCGUCAAGAGACC